AUGGCAGAGAAUUGCACCGUCUCUGAUCCGACGGAUCCUGCCAACGGCCAAAAAGAUGUCUACGUCCAGCUUGUACUCUCCCUCGCGCUCGGCGUCUCAGCGUUCGUUGCCUUCUGUAUUCUCCGCCCGAAAUGGAAAGGCCUUUAUGCCGCGCGAAAGACGCAGUCGGAUGCCGCCUCAUUUCUACCAGACCUCCCCGACACCUUCUUUGGCUGGAUGCCUGUGCUAUACAAAGUGACAGAACAAGAAGUCCUUGCUUCUGCGGGACUUGAUGCUUUUGUUUUCCUAGCUUUCUUCAAGAUGUCGAUUAAACUCUUCGGAAUCAUGUUCCUCCUUACCUGCGCCAUUAUUGUUCCAAUCAACUUCCACUUCGACCACCUUCUCACCCCUGGAGAUAGUAGACCUAGAAAUGAUACGAAACCGCCAGAGAUUUUCCCAGCCUUCUCGAGUUGGGACGUGGAUGCGGAAAGCAAGGAUGAAACAGACAAGGCCUACACAACAAGCUAUUUAUGGGCGUAUCUUGUUUUUACGUACUUUUUCACUGGACUUGCAUUAUAUUUCAUUACGCAAGAGACGCAACGAAUAAUAAAAAUCCGGCAGGACUAUUUGGGAAGCCAAUCUACCAUUACAGAUCGUACAAUUAAAUUGUCUGGAAUUCCGAAAGAAUUGAGGUCAGAGGACAAAAUCAAGGAAUUCUUAGAAAAGCUUGAGAUUGGGAAGGUGGAAAGCGUCACGAUUUGUCGCGAUUGGAGCAGGCUGGAUGGAUUGAUGGAAAGGCGAGCGUAUACCUUACGCAGGCUCGAAGAAGCAUGGACUGAACACCUGGGACAGUCCAAGACUAAACAAAACCAGCCCCCCCAAGAAUCACAAUCAAACGCCCAGGACGAUAAUGAGGAUUCAAUCAAUCCAGAGCAUAGCAAUCUUCUUGGAGAAAGUCAUAUCACGCCUUAUGAUAAGCCACGCCCGAAUACUCGAAUUUGGUACGGCUUCCUCGGCCUUCAGAGUAAAAAGAUCGAUGCCAUCGACUACUAUGAAGAGCAACUGCGAAAGGUGGACGAACUUGUCAUUGCAGGAAGAUCGAAGAUUUACCGACCUACACCCCUUGCGUUUGUCACUAUGGACUCAAUCCCGGCCUGCCAAAUGGCGGUACAAGCUCUACUGGACCCCGAGCCCAUGCAGCUCAUGGCGAACUUGGCCCCAGCGCCAUCAGACAUUGUUUGGCAAAACACAUACUUACCACGAUCAAGUCGAAUGGUACGAUCCUGGACUAUUACUAUCUUUAUCCUACUACUCACACUCUUCUGGCUUGUUCCUGUUGCUGGAUUAGCCGGACUGCUCAAUAUUUGCUCCAUCCGCCAAGUCUGGAAAGGCCUCGCAGACACUUUGGAAAGUCAUCCAAUUCUAUCCGCCUUGGUUAAGACUGGUCUACCAACCCUUGUUGUUUCGCUCCUCAAUGUUGCGGUUCCAUACCUUUACGAUUACAUGGCGAACAUGCAGGGCAUGAUUUCGCAGGGUGACGUUGAGCUUUCUGUGAUAUCCAAAAACUUUUACUUCACUUUCUUCAAUGUCUUCCUCGUCUUCACCGUUUUUGGAACUGCCAGUAAAUUCUGGCCUGUUUUACAAGAGUCGUUCCGAGACACGACGGUCAUCGCAUUCAAGCUAGCAGAGUCGGUCAAUUCCCUAGGUUUCUUCUACAUAAAUUUCAUCCUACUUCAGAGUGUCGGACUGUUCCCAUUCAGACUGCUAGAAUUUGGUACCAUGACGCUUUAUCCCAUCAUGCUGAUGAUGUCGAAGACGCCGAGGGACUACGCGGAGCUUGUUCAGCCACCCAUAUUCAAAUACGGAUUCUACUUGCCUUCCGCUAUACUCGUCUGGAUACUCUGUAUGGUUUACAGUGUCUUACCUGCAGGUUACAUGGUGCUCUUUGUAGGCCUGAUCUACUUCGUGUUCGGCUAUUAUACCUACAAAUAUCAAUUGCUUUAUGCCAUGGAUCAUCCUCAGCACGCUACAGGAAAGGCAUGGCCGAUGAUUUGCUACCGCCUCCUUGUUGGGCUUGGGGUGUUUCAACUCGUAAUGGCUGGUGUAAUUGCACUGAAUAAGGCGUUCUAUCCAGCUGCACUGGUAGUGCCAUUGAUACCAUUCACGAUCUGGUACAGCUACUACUUUGGACGCACCUAUGAACCUUUGACCAAAUUCAUUGCGUUGAGGAGUAUCCGAAGAGAACCCCACGCAGAUGUUAACAUAGCCGAUGAAUACGUCGGGAUGCAUACCCCACCCGGAAAUGUUCGUCGCCAUAGCACAACCCUUGAUGAGGAUCGAGAAAAGGGCUUGAAAUUCAUAAACCCAAGCUUGACCGCCCCCCUUGAAAAGAUUUGGAUCAAUAAAGGAUCUGAGUCGAAUGGGGAGGCGUCAGAACUCGAUAGACAAGAGAGCGCAGCGAGCUCUGUGAGUUUAGGCGAUACUCAUAUCUGGCGAGAUAACGGAGAAGAAAAUGUAUGA